UAACAAGCAGACACCAAUAUAAAUAAUAUUUAUAGAUGCAUUUACGAACAUAUAGAUGGAUCCAUAAAAGAGUGUACGUCGCACAUAAUUUUCUCACGUCUAGUCACUACAAGUGUGUUCAUAUAUUUCAUGUUCCCCUUCCCUAAACACCUCAAAUCAAAAUACUCUUUCUGCUGCUUUGCAUGUGUUUUGCCACUGUUCUUUCGUUAAACUGAGGAAUUUUGGAUCCUUGGCUGCUAAUCAUCGGAGAUGUUGGCAGAAAUCAUUUUUAAACUUCUUGUGAUGGUGCUUGGAUAUGCUUAUCCUGCUUUUCUGUGUUUUAAAACUGUUGAGAAGAACAAAGUCAAGAUCGAACAACUCCGAUUUUGGUGCCAGUAUUGGAUAAUUGUUGCACUGAUGACAGCUCUUGAGAGGAUCAGCGAUAUAUUUCUCUCUUGGGUGCCCCUGUAUGCAGAGAUGAAACUAGCUUUAUUUCUCUUCUUGCUGUAUCCGAAAACAAAGGGGACCAGGUUUGUCUAUGAGACCUUAUUGCGGCCGUUUGUUAUGAAGCAUGAAAAAGACAUGGACUCGAAUUUACAGGAGUUGAGAUCAAGGAUGUGGGAUUCGGCUAUUUAUUGUUACCAUAACUGUUCCGAGCUAGGGCAAACAAUGUUUUUCGAAGUUACGGAACACCUGGCUUCUAAACAGGGAAAGUUUGGCAAAGCUGGUUCAGAGAAGCGUGAGAGGAACAGAUCUAAAGCAAGUCUCGCCCCUCGACUUCAGACUAUUUUUUCAUUCAGCCGGGGGUCUCGAAGUGGCAAAAACAGAGGCAUUUGAAUAUUCCAUCCGCACCACCUGUAUAUAUGAACUAAACACUUUAUUGUACAAGUAACCAGGAAAAAAUAAUAGCGGACUCGGCUAUCAAUCUAAUCUUGACAUAUUGACAAGCCUGGGUUAGUAAGAAACUGAGAAACAUGUUCAGGGCACUGCUCGGUGGGCGUUGGCAGGGACGGAGCCACACUUGGUGCAGUGGAUACUUGCCCCCUUUCCCCAAUAGUCUCUCUGGUGUUCACUACUCCCUCCAUCCCAUAAUACUUUUACUGUCUCUCUUUAUCACGCUUCCCAACACACAGUUUUGAUCAUUAAUAUCUUUAAUUUCAUAUUAUUACUAAAUAUAAACUUCACCGUAUUAAAGUACCCAUAACUACGAAACCAACAAGAUUAUUCAUGAACAUCGCUUCAAUAUACCUUUUAGAUUAGACGUAAAUUAGUAAUUUGUCUCAUGUUAUGAACAGUCCCGACAUCAAACGAGCAAAGUUUUUUUUGGCACGGAGGGAGUAUUUUUUAGUAUACAUAUUUUUUUAAGAGUAAUUCACACUUUGCACCCCAUAAGUUUAAGUGCUUUUUCGACUUGGUCUCAAACAAAAUUUCUUGUCAAUACGCACCCUACAAUUUAGAAAACACUUCAAUAUGCCUUUUGACAAUUUUCCGUCAAGUUAACUUUUAUAAUUAACGGUUGCAAGGGUAAAAUAGUAAUCUUUUAGACUUCCUUCUACUGAUAUUUUUCCAUAAAAAUAGUAUAAGCAUGCAACAAUCUCCUCGAUUUGGUGGUAAGAAUGCUCAUCACAAAUUUCAAAUUUGUGCAUGUUAACGAGACUAAUCCUAAAUUUUACAUAAGAGAAAUUAUAAUGAAAAAAUUGUCUAAACAUGAUAAGAAAAUUCACUCAUACAUUUUAUAUCUCUUAUACUUCUUGAUAUGUGCACAAAUAUCUAUCUUUGCUUCAAUUUCUUCUAUAAUUUGUGAUCGUUCCAGCUCGUCUAAUAUGAUUAGAAGAACUUCCACAUGGUAGGUUUCCAGAAUUUUCAGCCUUAUUAUGUGGAUUUUCCUUCCAGUUUUGAUAGUAAAAGUUGUGCCAUUUUCCUUCCUGUUUCUUUUGUUCUUAAAUUCAAUAAGUUUUGCUCUAAUUUCUCUUCUGAGUAAUUGAUUUUGUAAAUUAGCUCUAGGCAAGAAACUUGAUAUUAUGAAGAUGUCAGAUUUUGAGAAUUCAUGCGGA